GCCAGUGUUGGUCAGUGCCCCGCGCGUCGCGUACCGAACGAUACGCGUAUCGCCGAACACUACGCACACCACUAGCAUUCCUAUUCUCUUUUUAAAAUUCGAAUAUUCAAACCGAUGCUUGACAUUUAAAUUUUAUUUUCGGCCAGUGUUUUUGUAAGGAAUGUGGAGGUUAGAUUAGGAGGAACGCGAUUAAAGAAGGUACAAUGCUUCGCGCGUGGUGGUUGAUGCUGGCGGCUGUGCUCGCGAGCGCCGCCGCUGAUGAGGCCUCCGACCCUGAGGGGCUACUCGAACCUGUGGCUGAACCAUCGACAAAUGACUCGGAAUUUUCGAUCUACGUUGGAAAAUGGACUGAAUGCAACCCCCUGGGCGCCGGGGAGCACGCCGCCCGUACCAUAGAGAGAUACAUGCGAACGGAGACGGACUCGCUAGUACAUACGCCCCGGCUGGGCCUGCAGCGGCGGCAGGUGCAAUGUCGCAAGAAGGACGGACAGUUUGUUGAAGCCAUGUACUGCGGUCCCGCACUAGCGCAGAUAGGAACCGCUCGCGUGUGCGUGAUCCGCGAAGACUGCGUGCUGGCCGAGUGGUUGCCAUGGCGACCAAGGCCUGAUGGCGCGCUGGUACGGACGCGGAGGCUCAAACGAUUGCCGCAAGGUGGAGGCAGGGAAUGUGACGUGGUAGAAGAGGUGCGACCUGCGGCGUUAGAAGCGAGCGCGCACUGGACUCCCGGGCCCUGGGGACAGUGUCGCGUUGCUGUUGAAAUCGGACACGCUACUGCACUACCAGUGAACACAGACGACGAUGACGACGCAGACGACAAUGAUGCGAUCUACGACGACGAUGAUGAUGAUGACGAUGAAGAUGACGGUAAAGCAGCCCGGGACGCCGGCUGCGGUGGCGGCGUGCAGCGACGCGACGCUACCUGCGUGCGCGCUGACGGACGCGCGUUACAUCCCGCACAGUGUGCCCAUGCGCCCAUGCCGACGCUAGUGCAGCCUUGUGAGGUCCCUUGUCCACGGGAUUGUGAAGUUGGCGAAUGGAGCGAGUGGGGGGCAUGCCAGCCUACCGAUGGAUGUCCUCUGUUCCCUGUGCAACAACUUACUACUACUGGUUACAGUGUCCGCCGUCGCCGCGUGAUUUCGGCGGCCUCCGGUGGCGGAGCUCCGUGCCCCCCUCUAGAAGAGAAGCGAACGUGCAGCACUCCUCGUUGCGCCUCGUGGAAGGCGCUGCCCUGGGGACCGUGCGUGCUCAACCAGCCUCACACUACCUGCGGACCUGGCAAAAGGAGCCGGGAGUUGCGAUGCGUUGGACAUGAUGGGAAAGAAGCUCAACGCGCUUGGUGCAGCGGUACCGGUGCACCGCCUCGCAGUGAGCGAUGCCGCAUCGCUUGCGCAGGCGACUGCGUGGUGUCGUCCUGGGCGGCGUGGAGUCAUUGUUCAGCUCCUUGUGCUGCUGCGGCACAUCCUCGACCUUCAAGGACUAGGAGACGGCAUAUACUAGCUCAUGCUGCUCCAAACGGCUGGCCAUGUCCACCAGAAGACCAGUUACUCCAGAACGAGACGUGCAACAGUCACGCCUGUGCUACCUACUCGUGGCUCGCGACGCCCUGGGGACCCUGCGAGAGACGCCGCCAGGACUACAUGCCUGUCAACAAUUAUACGGAUUUACUGGAUGGAGAAACAUACAAUGAGAGUGAUGAAGAAGAACCGUGCAUAGAGGAAGGUGAAAUGGUGCGGGACGUGAUGUGCGUCCAGAACAAUGCUGAUGUUGUUCGCGAGGCUUUGUGUGCUCCCUUGAGACGUCCCGCGUCUCGUCGCGCAUGCACGGUGCGAUGUCGUCGUGGAUGUAGGGUCGAGGCAUGGAUGCCGUGGUCACCCUGCCCUAAUACUUGCGAGCCCGGCAAACAAGUCCGUGUCCGAGUCGUACACGGUGGCCCAAGCUGCGGCUCACGCAUGGAGACGCGCGACUGCCCCGUGUCGCGCACGUGUCGUGCUCGCGACGCCGCCUGGGUGGCGGGAGAUUGGAGCACUUGCAAGCUGCCGCCUGUGCAGCGCUGUGGCGUCGGGUACAGGGUUAGGAGCAUAUGGUGCGGUUCUGAAUCUCACCGCGUAGAAGCAGGUGCAUGUGCCGGUCAGCUGAUCCCCCGCAGUGUGGCUGCUUGCCGCGUCACCUGCGAACAUAUCCCUCCUCUUACCUGUGACAUCAUCUGCUCUGAUCCGCUCAAGUACCUGGACGCUUCGGAUCCUGAUGUUCCAAACUGCGUUUGCAAAAACGUUUCCUUGGAGCUGUUGCCUACUGACUCCGACUGUAUUCUCCCUUCUGGAAUGGAAUGCGGUGAAGGUCGAUCUCUUCGCGCUGCCCGCUGCAUGGUGGGAGGAAGAGACGUACCCAUGGAUGUCUGCAAGAAGUAUCAUCCGCUUACUGGACCAAGCCGUGUCCGCGAAGCCUCCACCGACGGUUAUUCCUACGACAUCGAGUUCCCGUCUCUCCUGCGCGGCGCGUGCAGUGUGCGAUGUGCGCGGGACUGCGCCGUCGGCGAGUGGGGCGAGUGGGGACCCUGUGCUUCAGAGCCGGGGUCUAGGGCUGCUUUUAGGUUCCGGACAAGGGAAGUGAUAGAGGAAGGCUCGGGUGGUGGUCGGGAAUGCGGCGCCACGUUACAACGCGCUACAUGCGGCGUGUCGGAGCCGCGCUGGCAGCUCGGCGAGUGGAGCGUGUGUGCUCCGCCGCGAGCGCUGUGCGGGAGAGCUCUCAUCAACAGGACCGUCACUUGCGUAGACGCAGACGGCACGAUCCUCGAGGCAGCUACAUGUGAAGCGGCGGGCGCGGGUCCGGCUCCGUCACGUGACGCCACGUGUCGCGCGCCCUGUCCGAAUGAUUGCGUUGUCAGCUCCUGGUCCGAGUGGAGUCCUUGUGAACAGACAAAGUGGGGUGGACGGCGUGACCGGACUCGAGUGGUACUCCGCCCCGCUGACGAUGGUGGUUCGCCCUGCCCACACCUGGUCGGGGCAGAGCCUUGCUCGCCACAUGCUUACUCCUGGCACGUUGCACCCUGGGACGACUGUCAACCUCUUGGUGGAUCUCCUUGCGGUGAAGGCACGAAGAAGAGAGCUGUCAGAUGCCUUCGAAGUGAUGGAAUUUUCGUCAACGACUCAUACUGCCCUAAUACUACUGCAACUGAAGCCAAAGAGUCAUGGUGCUAUGUACCAUGUGGUGUGGACUGUGAGCUCAGCGAGUGGGGACCCUGGGAUACAUCAGCCUGCUCCUGCGGUGACGCCAACACUGCUAGCCAUAUGCGACGAACCAGACAACACCUGACGGCAGCGGUGUGGCCGGGUCGCGCAUGCCCGGCGACGGAGCAGCGCGCGCCGUGCCCGCGCGAGCCCUGCCUCAAGCUCGUCGCCAGGCCCACGCUCGGUUGCCACAUACAGGUCGCUAAUGAGACAUCAUCAGGCGAGGAAGCGGUAGGCGCAUGCGGCUGGGGGGUGAAGGUGUCUCACGCGCGCUGCGAGCUCACAGCUGCCGCCGACGACGCUGCCGACCUGUUCCUGCAGCCGUGGCGCUGCGCCGCCGUGCUGCCCGGCAGGAUCGUCGCCCCACCCAUGCAUUACCAGGAGGAUGAAGUGUGCGAGGUUGAAUGUGGUUGCAAGCAAUCGGAGUCAGGACAGCCAGGCCCCUGGGGGGCAUGGGGUGCAUGCCGCGGCGGGGCCCGCUCACGCACUCGACAACUGCUCGUGCCCGCAAGACGUGCCUGCAGCACUCCUUCUAGAUACGUAACGAUCGAGUGGGCGAACUGCACGGGCGAGCUGGACGACAUCCCCGACCUGCUGGCGGUGGAGCCGCGCGACGAGCGCCCGCGCCGCGCGCACGUGCAUCAUGAUGUCUACCACGACGGAUAUAUCGAGGGCAGCACUUCAGUGCUGGCGGUGGUGUGGACUGCGACCAUCGUACUCAGCUUGUACGGAGCAUACAUGUUGUACCGCGGCUUUAUCAGAUGCUUGAGGAGUAGAAAACUGAAGACCAUUACCAAGGUGUAAGCCUGGAGCGGGUAGUACCUGUGAGUAGUCGCUCGCCUGUGACGUCACCAGCGCCGUCGCCGGCUCCACGUCAGAUGGACAUCGUUCUGUUGUCUGAUCCAAUAUGUUACCUUCAUUGCGUUGUUCUAGUGUUCGCAAGUCUACUGUUGUUGAGUUUCACUAUCACCUAAGUUGAUGUUAAAAUUACAAACAUGAGUUUGCUCAUUUUAUUCGCGACGAUUAUUUGCGAAUUUUAAAAUGUUUACCAUUACUACAAUAUAUAUAUCUACAACUGUAACCACAUCAACUACUGGCAGUUUGUACUCGUUAGUAAUAUUACAAAUGAUAGCCAGCAAAGAGUCUGUCCGCAGGAGUGCUUCCAUGUUUUUACUACGUAUAUAAAAAUAAUGCUUUAGACGGUUUUUAUAACUCCACGCUAAACGAUUAGCCGAAGCGUUGGUCGGGCUUUUUGAUCGACAAUAUACUCGUUAGCUGUAAUACUGUACUAGCUAGCUACGCCCGUAGCUGUCUCGGUAGACGAGUCUACGCCUUCUAUUCGAGUUGUUAAGGAGUAGCCCUCUAGGAUCCCGUUACAUUCCAGCCGUCGGAAACUGAGGCAAUGUGCUUAACACAGAGCCGUCCAUUUUGAUAAGCGAUACUUGAAACGACGACGACGUACGUUCGACACGAUAUUGUUAUCAAACAUUCCAUUUAAAAACUUCUAAUUAUGUACUUUCAAUUCAACACUUAUGAAUAAUUAAUAUGAUAUAUUCUGCAAAUUUCUUUACAAUUGCAAUUUACGCAAAAAGCAGCAAAUCUAUUUUCAUGACUCUUUCAGUGACUACUAUUUUUAUAAAACAAAACUUAUACAGUAUUUCUUUCGCACAAAUACUUAUUAAACAUAAUUUUAAGUGUAAUUUCAACGCUUAGUUAAUUUAACAGUAUUUAUAAUAAGCAUUUUAACGAUACAGUAAGGUAAGUCGGUGUCGAGGAUGAUGCGGUACUGACCGGUGAGACUUGUGUUGACCAAGUUAGACGUGACACAUCAUGCCACAUAUCAGUCUUUAAUAUAAAGAAUCGUCGUGAUUACUAUAAAACAUCUUCUGCGUAUGAAUAUAAAUGAACUACUUUUAACAUUUACCAAACUACUAUGUCACGUAGGCAUCCAUCAUGUAUUAACAGAUUUGUAAUAUCGUAAUAUCUCAUGCGCUGAUAGUGUGAAUGCAAGUCAUGUGCGGAAGAUUUUUAUAUAACGCUUAAUAUCAUCCAAGUAGAGCUUUGGCGCACAAAAACUACCUAAUAUGAAUAGUUUAUAAGACCUAUUAUUAACUGAUCAUACCGUUUUGAGAUAAUAAUCGUGUAUAACACUUUUUUGUAGAUUUUGCAUUUAAGCCCAUGUAUUGUGACAAGUAUUUAUAAUGUGAGUGUGUUCUAAGUCUCGUCGACUUCUUUCUCCUAUUUUAUCUUAUUUCCUGUUUCAUAUUUCAUACUUUGAGACUCGUAGACUUUAUGAAUAAACUUGGUAUUAUUCUUCAAUAAGUUUCAUCGACGUAAGCUUGUCUUUUCUCAUUCUUCUGACUUAAGAAUUAUAUGAUUGUUUAUAUCUUUGUAUAGUAUUGUUAAGUUUUUAUGCACGAGUAUAAUAUGUAAUUAUUAUCCUUGGCUACUUCUUGUUCCUUCAAGACAAUAUUGAUGAAAAUGUUAAUUAUAUCGUAUUCUAUAACUGUCUAUCGCAACACCUGUGUACUUUCCAUUCUGUCCUUUAUCUUUUGAUCUGUCAAUACUUUAUCGACCCAAUGUAUUUGUAACCGUAUUAUUAUUACGCCAUUACGAGAUAUUGAUGUGAAACAUGAUAGUUAAGGAAUCGUGUUAGACAAUACAAUAUUUGAUAUUUAAUAAAAUUUGAUUGUGUUUUUAUA